AUGAAGACCCAGCAGCCUCUUCAUGUGGCCACUCCAUUGAGGCAGAGCCUUGCCCUGACUAAAAUAGCUGGGACCUCUGUUUACCUCAAGUUGGAUUCAUCCCAGCCUACAGGAUCCUUUAAGAUCAGGGGCAUCGGACACCUCUGCAAAACUUGGGCUGAGAGAGGAUGUGAGCAGCUUGUCUGCUGUUCAGGAGGAAAUGCUGGUAUGGCAGCAGCUUAUUCUGCCCGUCAGCUCGGGGUACCUGCAACCAUAGUAGUUCCAAGUGUUACACCAACCCAAACAGUGGAGAGGCUGAAGGACGAAGGUGCCAAUGUGGUUAUCCACGGCAAGGCUCUAAAUGAAAGCAUUGAAUACGGACAGCAGCUUGUUGCAAAUAACCCCAGCUGGAUAUUCAUCUCUCCCUUCGAUGAUCCUCUCAUCUGGGAAGGCCACACGUCUCUGGUGAAGGAGCUGGAGCAAGACCUAAAGGAGAAGCCGGGAGCGAUAGUGCUGUCGGUGGGAGGCGGAGGCCUGCUGAACGGAGUGGUGGAGGGACUGCGUCGUGCCGGCUGGGCUGACGUGCCCAUUGUAGCCAUGGAAACCAUGGGAGCACAUAGCCUCAAUGCAGCAAUGAAGGCUGGGGAGCUGGUCACUUUACCUGAAAUUACCAGCAUUGCAACCACACUGGGCCUGACGAGGGUGUCUGCACAGACUUUUAAACUGGUGGAGGAGCACACAGUUUUCUCAGAAGUAGUCACAGACCAAGAGGCUGUAAAAGCUGUGGAACGCUUUGUAGAUGAUGAGAAGAUCCUGGUGGAGCCUGCCUGUGGUGCUGCCCUGGCAGCUGUGUACAGUGACAUUAUCAAAAGGCUGCAGGAUGAGGGCAAGCUGGUGCAGCGCCUGGGCCCGGUGGUCAUUGUGGUGUGCGGCGGCAACAACAUCAGCAUGGAGCAGCUGUGGAGGCUGAAAAAACAGCUCGGUAUUAUCUAG